CCCUCUUUCGCCAGCUGCAACCGCACGCUCGUGGACUCAACGCUGGGAUUCCUUCACUUUGCACGUUCAGCAUGCAAUCUCUGCUGUGCGGAGUAGCUGCUCUGCACCUCCCCUCUCUUCUGUACUUAAGAACCCCUUCUGUUGCUCCUCACUCUCUGCUCCCUCCACCACAUCCUCUCUCUAUCUCUCAGCUUUCCUUCAUAUCCCAGCUCUGUCAUCAUGCCUUCCCGCUCUCUUCCCAAGCCCGAGUACGACGCUGUCAUCAUUGGCGCCGGCUUCGGUGGUGUCUACCUUCUCCGCCGUCUUCGCGAGCAGGGCUACAAGGUCCUCGUCAUCGACGAAGCUGGCGACCUCGGUGGUGUCUGGUGGUGGAACCGUUACGACGGCGCCCGCACCGACUCCAAGAUCCCCCUCUACGAGUUCUCCGACAAAAACCUCUACUCCGACUGGACCUGGACCGAGAAGUACCCCGGCUGGGCUGAGCUCCAGGGCUACUUUGGCCAUCUCGACAAGAAGCUCAAGCUCAAGCAGGACAUCCGCUUCAACACCCGCAUCACCUCCGCGGUCUACGACGACGAGGCAAACAUCUGGACCUCCACCGCCAAGGACGGCACCACCUUCACCUCUCGCUACGUCCUCCUCUGCACCGGUUUUGCUUCCAAGGCCAACAUCCCCAACUUCAAGGGCCUUGAGACCUUCGAGGGCAUUUCCUGCCACACCUCCAAGUGGCCUCGCGAGGGUAUCGACUUCAAGGGCAAGCGCGUCGGUGUUGUCGGAAACGGUUCCAGCGGUCUUCAAGUCAUUCAGGACGUCGCUCCCGUCGUCGACCACCUGACCGUCUUCCAGCGCAGCUACUGCUGCGCGCUUCCCAUGCGUCAGGAGAAGAUCACCAAGGAGCAGCAGGACAAGACCAAGUACGACCACAUCUUUUCUCUUCGCCACAAGACCUUUGCCGGAAUCGAGCGCGAGUUCAACCCCAAGUCUGCCUGUGACGUCUCGGACGAGGAGCGCAACGCGUUCAUGGAGGAGGUCUGGCAGGAGGGCGGUCUUACUUUCUGGCUCGGCAACUACUUCGACGUGAUCAUCAACCCCAAGUCCAACCGAUACGCCUACGACUUCUGGCGCUCCAAGGUUCUGCCGAGAAUCAAGGACCCCAAGAAGGCUGAGUUGCUUGCCCCCGCCGAGCCCAAGUACUACUUUGGCACCAAGCGCGCCACUCUCGAGCAGCGCUACUACGAGGUCUACAACCAGGACAACGUCGACCUCGUUGACGCCAAGUCCAACCCCAUCACCGAGGUCGUCAAGGACGGUAUCAUCACCGCUGAUGGUGUGCACCACAAGCUCGACAUCUUGAUCCUCGCCACUGGUUUUGACUCUGUCACCGGAGGUAUUCUCGCGAUCGACAUCAAGGGCGCCAAGGGCCAGACUCUGCAGGACAAGUGGAAGGCCGGAACCUGGACCAGCAUGGGCUUGGCCACCGCUGGCUUCCCCAACAUGUUCUUCCUUUACGGACCCCAGGGCCCUACCUCUUUCUGCAACGGCCCUACCUGCGCUGAGAUUCAGGGCGACUGGAUUGUCAACACCAUUAACUACCUGCGUGACAACGGCAAGGCCGCCAUCGACGCUACUUCGGAGGCUGAGAAGAGCUGGAAGGAGCAGGUCGAGAUGUACGGAAACGCUACUCUCUUGCCUGAGACCGCGUCCGAGUACAUGGGCACCAACAUUCCCGGAAAGCCGAAGGAGGUCCUGAACUACAUGGGUGGUCUGCCGAACUACAUCCGCCAGAUCCAAGAGGUUCAGACCAACAACUUCCCCGGCUUUGAGGUCUACUAAGCGGUUUUUUAUUUAUUUAGUUUCCCUUUUAUCUUUUGAUUUGAAACAUUUGUCUGCAAUGAUUUUAUUUUAACAAUAAUUCAAUUUGUCUUAUCCUUGAAUUUCUUAAAACAGUA